CGGCUCCUCCCCGCUCCCCUAUCCCCGGCUCUCCUGGAAGUUAGUGAUCACUACUUGUGUGUGCGCCCUCCCGCUCUCUCACUGCCGCUGCCCUCUCCGGCUGCUCCCCAUGGCAGAGAACGAGCUGGCCCAGAAGCUGCAGCGCCGCUUGGUGCUGGAGGAUGCCGAGCCGCCCGCGGAGAGCCUACUGCCAGCCGAGGCGCCGGAGAACGGGGAGGAGGAGGAGAAGCCGGUCUCUACCAGCGCCGACAACGAGCUGACUGCCAAGCUGCACCGGAGGAACGACAUCAAUGCGGGGAACGCGGUGCCACCUAGCCGAGUCCACGGCCUCAGCCCCUACACAGAGUUCCACGAGUUCUCCCGCAAGCAGAUCAAGGAGAUGGAGGCCAUGUUCCGCCAGUAUGAUACUGGGCGAGACAAUUUCAUAGACUUGAUGGAGUUGAAACUUAUGAUGGAGAAGCUGGGCGCCCCACAGACUCAUCUUGGGUUGAAAAACAUGAUAAAAGAAGUAGAUGAGGAUAUUGAUGGGAAGCUGAACUUCCGAGAGUUCCUACUGAUUUUCCGCAAGGCAGCAGCAGGGGAGCUGGAGGAGGACAGUGGGCUGAUGUCGCUGGCCAAACUCUGUGAAAUUGAUGUGUCAACUGAGGGAGUAAAGGGCGCCAAGAACUUUUUUGAGGCCAAGGUUCAGGCUCUGUCAUCAGGCAGCAAGUUUGAAACAGAGAUUAAAGCAGAGCAGGAUGAGAGGAAGCGUCAGGAAGAGGAGAAGAAAAACCGUAGAGCUGCUUUCAAGGAGCUGAAGUCUGCAUUUAAUUAGUAACUCCAUACACUGACACUAACGUCCAGCCAUGACUUCAAUUGCGGAACAAAUCCCAGCCUAAUGCUUCUUGGGUACUCCUGAAUGCAG